AGGGCAUUUCAGGGGUCUGAUGCCUCCGCAGUCAGCAUCCUCAGAGCUGCAGAGAUCCGGAUCCUCUGCUGCAGACUCGCUGAUUUUCGUCAACGCUCGACGCGGAAGUCUCUUCCCCUCCUAAGCAAGAUAAGCAGCGUCUUUGGGAGGAUUGCCAGAUUAUAUUUAUGGACAUGGAGGCGUUUUUAUUUGGCGCUUAAGCUGGAGGGAAAUAAAUUCACCUCGCUUUACCGACGGGCCGUUCGUGCAAUGGAGGGGCUAGAUGCUUCAUCAGAGCUCCAGUCGCGGCUGUCAUCCUUGUCCUUCUCGUCCUUUCCCGGAAUCACAUCCAACCAGUGCGACAGCACCCCGCCGGACAGGCUCCAAAACACAAAUCUUUCGGAGAGUUUUGCCCCGACCAAAGACCAAACCGAUAUGGAUGAAACCAAGGAUUCGGGACCGGGCUGUGAGGGUGCUGAAGACGCCCCUGCUGAGCUGGUCCUGGGGGAUGGAGCCAAGGAGGAGGCCGGUGCAGGGAGCUGUCAGCUCUCCUCUGAGAUGAAAGCCCAGAUGCCCCCCCUGCAACCCCCAACGACUUGGACAUCUGCUGCCCUGAAGGAGCUUAAGGCGAGGCUUCGAACGGAGAAGGACAGCGUGGUGACGGUGUACCGAGGAGACAUCAUGACAGUUCACGUCCCCACUCUGCCCGAGGCCAAAAAAGUGUGCUGGGAGUUCGCCACAGACGGCUAUGACAUUGGCUUUGGGAUAUAUUUUGACUGGAGUCCCGUGACGAGCCGGUCUAUCACUGUGCACAUCAGCGAGUCGAGCGACGACGAAGACGAGGAGGAGGAGCUGGAAGGUCCUGUCACCAACGGAGACGUUGAGAAGGGCUCGAAGAGUCAAACCAACUCAAACUUGGCUGAAAUCCUUCCCGUGUACCGCCAGGACUGCCACUUGUCAGUCCAAGGCGGCAGCCACGAUUUCCCAGGUGAAGGCACGUACCUCUUUAAGUUUGACAACUCCUACUCCCUUUGGAGAAACAAAACUCUCUAUUACAGGGUUUAUUACAGUGCCUGAGAUGCCGCUUUGAUGCUUGUGAAUGUACAAUCUGCAGAAGAAUACUAUACCCCAGAUCAAUGAACUAUUUUUGAUUUCACACCUCGAAAGAAUAUAAUAAACUAUAAGAAAAAUGAACUUUAGGUAUAUCUAUUUUUAUCACCAUCAGCUUGUGUUGUCAUGUGUCCCGUAAAUGUUAGCUGAAAUCGUUUUCAUCAUGUUUUGCUUUUUUUGUCGGCAUAAAUAAGAAGCAGCCUUGCAUAUGUGCCAUAUUCCUAUGUAUGCACGGUGCUCUUUAGUUAAGCGUCUGUCAUCAAACAUGAACUAUCCUCACCUGUAACAUUACUAUGAUGGCAGCGGUCGGGGGGGGGGGAACCUGCACCUGGGUGUAUUUCACCCAUCCGGGUGCCUCAACAGCAGUACUUUAAAGAAACUAAGGUUUAAGGUUUUUCUGCGUGUGUGUUUGCUGUGUUUCUCAUUCGGCUUCGUAGCAUAACUUAUUUUCUUUGGUGUGCAAAGUCUAAUCAUGUGAUCUAGCCGAACCUUGUAGAAAAGUCUGAGUUUCUACUGUCAUGGUGGCGUGUCGGUAAAACAUAUGAGUUGAAUGUACUAAAGCAAAUGGUGUUCCAGAGUGUGCUUUUUAUGGCACAAAUAAAAGCCAUCCCUUAUCGUGUAAAGCUCUCAUUAUGUAAUAUUGAUUCAAUAUUUACACUUGCUUCGCCCAUGUUUCAAUUAGCUGUUUUGAAGGGGGAAGCUUUUCCAUCCAAGUGUGUCUGAAAACUUCCAUUUGGUGUUUUACUUUUAUUCUUUACCUUUUUUUUGUUGUCUGUUGGACCAUCAUAUUUGUAAAAUCACUUGUGCGUGUUUCAAAAUAUGGCUGCUAAUGUUCUUCCCAGUGCAAAAAGACAGAUUUGAAGCGCUCCAUGUUUGCUGCUCCGUACCUCCUCUGUAAGUUGCGCUGUUGGCUUCUGUUCCUCAAAUUUAUAUCCACAAUAAAGAGAAGAUUGUGUA